AUGCAGACUGGGAUUGCAAUGGGAGCUUUGCAGAUUGCUGGAUUUUCCAUCCUUUUCUUUCUCCUCCACUCUGGAAACACACUGGCAAAUAAAGCCAGUCAAGAUGUCGACGAGUGCGUGGAGGGCACCGACAACUGCCACAUCGACGCCAUCUGCCAGAACACCCCCAAGUCCUACAAGUGCAUCUGCAAGUCCGGCUACACCGGCGACGGGAAGCACUGCAAAGAUGUUGACGAGUGCGAGCGGGAAGACAACGCGGGCUGCGUCCACGAGUGCGUCAACAUCCCUGGCAACUACCGCUGUACCUGCUAUGAUGGCUUCCGCCUGGCGCACGACGGCCACAACUGCUUAGACCUGGACGAGUGCUCGGAGGGCAACGGCGGCUGCCAGCAGACCUGCGUCAACAUGAUGGGCAGCUACGAGUGCUUCUGCCGGGAGGGCUUCUUCCUCAGUGACAACCAGCACACCUGCAUCCAGCGCCCCGAAGAAGGAAUGAACUGCAUGAACAAGAACCACGGCUGCGCCCACAUCUGCCGGGAGACCCCGAAGGGGGGUAUCGCCUGCGAGUGCCGCCCCGGCUUCGAGCUCACCAAGAACCAGCGGGACUGCAAACUGACCUGCAACUACGGGAACGGGGGCUGCCAGCAUACCUGCGACGACACCGACCAGGGGCCCAAGUGCGGCUGCCACGUCAAGUUCUUGCUGCACUCUGACGGGGUGACGUGCAUAGGGGAGAGACACUUCCAGCAACACGUUAUCCUUGAGACGUUUUCUAAUGAGACGUGUGCUGUGAACAACGGGGGCUGCGACAGCAAGUGUCACGACGCGGCCACGGGUGUGCACUGCAGCUGCCCCAUGGGCUUCAUGCUCCAGCCCGACAGGAAGACGUGCAAAGACAUCGACGAGUGCCGGCUCAACAACGGCGGCUGCGACCACAUCUGCAGGAACACGGUGGGCAGCUUCGAGUGCAGCUGCAAGAAGGGCUACAAGCUGCUCAUCAACGAGAGGAACUGCCAAGACAUCGACGAGUGCUCCUUCGACCGGACCUGCGACCACCUCUGCAUCAACACCCCCGGCAGCUUCCAGUGCCUCUGCAACAAGGGCUACACGCUGUACGGGCUCACCCACUGCGGAGACGUCGACGAAUGCAGCAUCAACCGAGGGGGCUGCAAAUUCGGCUGCAUCAACACGCCCGGCAGCUACCAGUGUACCUGUCCCGCUGGCUGCAAGCUGCACUGGAACAAAAAGGACUGUAUAGCCGGCGCAUGUCCCUCAGAGCUGGUGAAAUGCCUGCCAGGUUCGGUUCCGCCGCGGGCCACCCUCACCUGCAACAAGACGGGCAAGAAGGACAGCUGUGCCCUCACCUGCGCCUCCAAGGCUCGCUUUCUGCCAGAGUCCGACAGCAGCUACACGGUGAGCUGUGGGACCCCCAUCCUGCGGCAGGGCGGCCAGCAGAAACCCGCCAACAGCAGCCAGCAGUGCCUCGAGACUGUCGCCGCGCCAAUCAAGCAAAAGGCUUCCUUCAAGAUCAAGGAUGCCAAGUGCCACCUGCACCCGCGGGCCAAGGGCAAGCAGGAGGAGGCCGGGAAGGCUGGGGCACAAGGCGGUUCGGCACCUUGUUCCGACUGCCAGGUCGCCUUCGUCAACCUCAAGUGCGACUCAUCCAAGAAGGGGAAGGGCCGCCGGGCUCGCAACUCCUCCAACAAGGAGGUGACACGCAUCACGCUGGAGUUCGAGGCGGAGAUCAAGCCGGAGGAGAUCACAGCCAGCUGCAACCUGCACUGCCUGCGACAGAGAGUGGAGAAAAAGCUGAAGUCGGCCAUCAAAGCCCUGAAGAAAUCCAUCAACCAGGAGCGGUUCCUGCUCCGCUUCGCGGGGAUGGAGUACGAGGUGGCGAGGAAGCUGAGCGUGGCCCCGGAGCGGCAGGAGAGCUGCGGGCCGGGCCAGCAGCGCCUCGGUGGCAAGUGUGUUAGCUGCUCGCAGGGAACGUAUUACCACGGUCAGACGGAGCAGUGCGUCCCCUGCCCCGCCGGCACCUACCAGGAGAAGGAAGGGCAGCUCUCCUGCGACCUGUGUCCCCGCGGUGAUGCUUUUGGACCGGUGGGAGCCACCAACAUCACCGGCUGCACGGGUCAGUGUCCCCCCGGCCAGCACUCAGCCGAUGGCUUCAAGCCCUGCCAGCCGUGUCCCCGUGGGUCCUACCAGCCCGAGGUGGGGCGGGCGCUCUGCUUCCCCUGCGGCGGGGGGCUGACCACCCGCCACGAGGGAGCCCUCUCCUUCCAGGACUGCGACACCAAAGUCCAGUGCUCCCCCGGGCACUACUACAACACCAGCGUCCACCGCUGCAUCCGCUGCGCCGUGGGCACCUACCAGCCCGAUUUUCGGCAGAAUUACUGCAUCGCCUGUCCUGGCAACACCACCACCGACUUCGACGGCUCCACCUCCGUGUCCCAGUGCAAAAACCGGCAGUGCGGGGGGGAGCUGGGCGAGUACACGGGCUACAUCGAGUCCCCCAACUACCCGGGGAAUUACCCCGCCAACGUCGAGUGUACCUGGAACAUCAACCCGCCACCCAAGCGCAAGAUCCUCAUCGUGGUGCCGGAGAUCUUCCUCCCGUCCGAGGACGAGUGCGGCGACGUCUUGGUCAUGCGGAAAAACUCCUCCCCAUCCUCCAUCACCACCUACGAGACAUGCCAGACCUACGAGAGGCCCAUCGCCUUCACCGCCCGCUCUCGGAAACUGUGGAUCAACUUCAAAACCAGCGAAGCCAACAGCGCCCGGGGCUUCCAGAUCCCCUACGUCACCUAUGACGAGGACUACGAGCAGUUGGUGGAGGACAUCGUGCGGGACGGCAGGCUCUACGCCUCCGAAAACCACCAGGAGAUCCUCAAGGACAAGAAGCUCAUCAAAGCUUUCUUCGACGUGCUGGCGCACCCCCAGAACUACUUCAAGUACACGGAGAAACACAAGGAGAUGCUGCCCCGCUCCUUCAUCAAGCUCCUCCGCUCCAAAGUCUCCAGCUUCCUCCGGCCUUACAAAUAG